AUGACAACGCCUUGGAAGGAAGCUUUAGAUAAUGCCGCGCAAAGCGAUUUAUGGCUGGCAGGAGUAGGCUGCUUUGCUCAUGUUUUUGGAAUUGGGAAAACUGGUUAUGUUGUCAAGAAAUCGCUGGAGCCUUUUGUAGUAAAGGACCUCCAGCCUGGGGAGAAACGCAUUUAUGAGCGCCUUGGUCACCACCCAUUUAUUCUCCAGUACUAUGGGGAGUAUAAACACAACACAGAACAACCAAAUGGAGUUCCUAGCAGAUUUGUAUUUGAAUAUGCUUCAGGGGGUGUCCUGGUAGAUAAACUCACAUUCACCAAAUAUCCUGAUCAAAGAGCCAAAUGGCCUAUCCAAGCAGCCGAAGCUAUACAAUACAUUCAUUCCAAAAAUAUCAUUCAUUCAGAUAUUGAUUUCAGUGGCUCAAUGAUAGAUGAUGAAAUCCCAACCAUGUGCUAUGCCACCCAUUAUCGGCACCCUUUGCCAUCCGGGAAAACAUAUGAUGAUUCUGAUAUAGCAACAAUCAAGGAUGAUAUAUUUGCUUUGGGAACUCUGGUAUAUGAGGUUACUGUCGGACAUCGGCUCUACUCUAACCAAGAUAGUCAACACAUCCAAGUUCUAGUAAAUGAGCGGAAGUUCCCAAAUAUAGAUGCCUUGCCGCCAAAAACCCAGAAUGUCAUUUGA